AUGAUGAGCAUUUCUUUGAUUUGGGGAAUUGUUAUAGCAGUGUGCUGUUGUUUGUGGCUUAUUCUUGGAACCAGGAGACGGGAAAUGGGUGAACCACCUCUGGAGAAUGGGUUGAUUCCAUAUCUGGGAUGUGCUUUGCAAUUUGGAACCAAUCCUCUUGAGUUCCUCAGAGCAAAUCAAAAGAAACAUGGUUAUGUUUUUACCUGCAAACUAAUGGGAAACUAUGUCCACUUCAUCACAAAUCCCUUGUCAUACCAGAAAGUGUUGUGCCAUGGAAAAUACUUUGAUUGGAAAAAGUUUCAUUUCACAGCUUCUGCAAAGGCAUUUGGACACAGAAGCAUUGACCCAAAUGAUGGAAAUACCACUGAGAACAUAAACAAAACUUUCAUUAAAACCCUGCAGGGUGAUAGCUUGAAUUCCCUCACAGAAACCAUGAUGGAAAAUCUGCAACUCGUCAUGAAAUUUCUGUUUGUUCCUCAGGCAAAGAUGUCUGCCUGGGUGACAGAAGGAAUGUAUUCCUUUUGCUACAGAGUGAUGUUUGAAGCUGGGUAUUUAACUCUCUUUGGCAGAGAACUUAGAGGUCAAGAUGCACAAAAAAGACUUAUUGUUAAUAACCUUGACAACUUCAAAGAAUUUGACAAGAUCUUCCCAGCCUUGGUAGCAGGACUUCCCAUUCAUGUGUUCAAAACUGCACACCAUGCCCGCAAAAAACUGGCAGAAGGGUUGCUCCACAAAAAUCUGGGAAAGAGAUACCACAUCUCAGAGCUGAUCAGAUUUUUGAACGACACACUGUCCACCCUAGAUGACAUGGAAAAGGCCAAGUCACACCUAGCUGUCCUCUGGGCGUCGCUAGCAAACACCAUUCCAGCCACAUUCUGGAGCUUGUUUCAAAUGAUGAGAUGUCCCGAAGCAAUGAAAGCAGCUAUGGAAGAAGUGAAUAAAACACUGGAGAGAGUUGGUCAAAAAAUCAGCUCUGAUGACAGUCUUAUUUGUUUGAACCAAAUGGAGCUGAAUGACAUGCCUGUGCUAGAUAGCAUCAUCAAAGAGUCUCUGAGGCUCUCCAGUGCCUCUCUGAAUAUCCGAACUGCUAAAGAGGAUUUCACGUUGCACCUGCAGGACGGCUCCUAUAAUAUCCGCAAAGAUGACAUCGUAGCUCUCUAUCCGCAAUUAAUGCAUUUAGACCCAGAAAUUUACCCUGACCCUUUGACUUUUAAAUAUGAUCGCUAUCUUGAUGAAAACGGGAAGACAAAGACUGCUUUCUAUAGAAACGGAAUCAAGUUAAAGUAUUACUACAUGCCCUUUGGAUCAGGAGCUACAAUCUGUCCCGGACGACUAUUUGCUGUUCAUGAAAUCAAACAAUUUUUGAUCUUGAUGCUUACCCGUUUUGAGAUAGAGCUUGUGGACAGUGACGUUAAAUGUCCUCCUCUGGACCAAUCCCGGGCAGGUUUGGGCAUUUUACCACCAUUAAAUGAUGUCGAGUUCAAGUAUAAAUAUAAACAUCUGUGA